AUGGUGUUGUUUGGUCGGCGAACAGAUGCCGGCCUGACCGACUGGUUCUGCGGCGGUGUACUUAUCACGGACCGGCACGUGCUCACGGCCGCCCAUUGCCUACGGCCCGAGCAGGCCUCCACCGUAGUGGCCCACAUCGGCGACCACGACCUGACCACCUCGUGGGACGUCGAACACCAGGAGCGCAACAUCUCCAGCAUUGUGCGGCACCCACAGUACCACGCGUCGCAGAACGACCUGGCGGUAGUUCGGCUGCAGUCGCCGGUGCAGCUGACGGACGCCGUGCGGCCCAUCUGCCUGCCGCCGGCCGGCACGCAGCACCACGGCCAGGACGCCGAGAUAGCCGGCUGGGGCGUCCUCGAGUUCGGCGGCCAGCCAUCUGACCUGCUGCAAGAGGUACUGCUGUGCGUGGUCAACGAGACCGCCUGCGAGAACGCUUACCGCCAAACGGCGCAGUUCGAGUGGAUAUUUCCAGGCGGCUUCCAGGGCACCAAGAUAUGCGCCAGCAGCGGGGACGACAAGCCGCGGGACGCGUGCCGGGGAGAUUCGGGAGGUCCACUCAUGGUUCAGCUGCCCGACGGCUCCUACCAGCUGAUCGGUAUCAUCUCCACCGGUGUUGGAUGUGGCAACGCCAACUUUCCCGGCAUCUACACCAAGGUGUCCUCAUACAUCGACUGGAUCCUCGACAGCCUCGAUGCCACACAGUAGCAUUGUGUAUUAGUAGCACUGAGUACAUUGGUGUUUCUCUCUUCGAAACACCAAUGUACUCAACUUGAUGAUCAGUGUCUACUUGCGGAUAACCACUGACCUUGCAGCGGUAUCCAAAUUAAAAAUUUACAAGGCUGAUGGCUGAUGCCAAACU